CAUCGUUCACCUCUGCGCGCCAUGGUGCGCCCGCGGGGUCUUUCUAACACGUCCGACGUUUCCUCGGUUCCUGACCAGGAUCAGGAGCUGGGGAGCAUGUACGAUUACUUGGCCAAAGUCAUUCUUCUAGGCCCCAGUGGCGCCGGCAAGUCCUGCGUGCUACACCGAUUCGUGAAGAACGAGUGGCGAGUACUGUCCUCACAGACAAUCGGGGUCGAGUUCGCCUCGCGCAUCGUCAAGCUAGGUACCGGCUCAAGGCGAAGACGCAUCAAGUUGCAGCUCUGGGACACUGCGGGUACCGAGCGAUUCCGAUCCGUUUCCCGCUCCUACUAUCGUGGAGCCGCCGGCGCCAUUCUCAUCUACGAUGUCUCCUCCUAUUCUUCCUUCGCCGCCCUUCCUACCUUCCUCAUGGACGCACGAGCGCUGGCCUCGCCCAACCUGACGGUUCUCUUGGCUGGGAACAAAGCCGACUUGGCUGAUGCGACAGCUUCCGACCCGGACGAUGCGGGACGGCCUCCACCGACUCCGUCGAGUACAUCGAGCAGACAGUCCUCUCUCCCCUUUGAUGCCACCGGCUCGGUGCGCUCAGCCAACUACUUGGGCUCCGGAACCAGGAUGACCGCUACCUUUGCCGAGGGUCGAGAGGUCAGCCGAGAGGAUACGUCUCGCUGGGCGGCGCAAUCGAAUAUCCCAGUGGCCGUGGAAGUCUCGGCACUCACCGGUGAAGGGGUGGAAGAGGUUUUCCAACGGUUGGCCCGCAUCAUCUUGACUAAAAUCGAGCUCGGUGAGAUCGACCCCGACGACCCGCAGAGCGGCAUCCAGUACGGCGAUGGCGGUCUCUAUGGCCACGGAACGAGCGACGCCUCGAGCAUCAGAAGCAGAGCCACGCUGGAUGACAAUGCGCUGCCCCUUCACCGCACCUCGCGACGACAUGGUAGGCCUGGACAAGGCUGGAAGGGUGGCAUGAGGGAAUGGGAAGACGUGUUUCGCCUGGGUGGCUCUCAAUCUCGGAGGAACCGGGGUUGUUGCUAAAUGC